AUGACACUCAUUAAGUCUGGGCGCCUCAUCCACCAAUAUGUUGUUGAUGUAUAUUCUGCGAUCGAGGAAGAUCGUCUUCGAUGGCAUAGGAACAAUCAAGACGUUCUAAGGGCUGAAUUAUACAGUAACGUUUGCGAUGCAGUCGAAAAAGGUGACACGGAUGCAAGGACGACAGUUUGGGAAUCAACAAUGACGGUAAACCCAAAUUGGAAAGAGAUAAAAGACCAUCUAGCAGCAUACGGCGGUGAUAGCCCGAAUGAUAGACCAGAUAUUGAGUGCCGAGUUUUCAAAAUGAAACUAGACCAGUUGCUAGAUGAUUUUAAAAUGGGUACAUUCUUCGCCCCCUACGCAGCAGAUAAUGCUUCUGUCAUCCCUUAUAACAUAGAAAUCCUGAAGAAGUAUGCAGCUCAUAUAAAUGUGGAAUGGUGCAAUAGGACAUCCGCUAUCAAGUACCUUUUCAAAUAUAUCACAAAAGGAGUCGACAGAGCGACAGUUCUGAUUGAGAAAGGCCCCGACCCACCAAUGUCCGAGAAAGGAAUCGACCCCCAGACAUCCGAGAAAGGCAAAGAAAAGUUGGUAGUCCAUCUGGAAGGUGAACAUAAUAUCACUAUCAAAGAUACGGAUAACCUAGGAAGAGUUAUACAAAAGCCAGGCAUUGAAAAGACUAUGUUUACCGAGUGGAUGGUUCAAUGCAGAACAUCCGCGUUCGCCCGCACCAUAACGUAUGUCCAGAUUCCUGAGUUCUUCACAUGGAACAAUAGCUCAAAAGUCUGGUCAGAGAGAAAGAGAGGAACUUCAAUUGGUCGGGUUGUUACAGUACAUCCCACUUCAGGCGAUCGUUAUUAUUUGAGGAUACUGAUAAACAAAGUGAAGGGCCCAAGAAGUUAUACAGAGCUUAAAACCUUCAACGGUGUCACAUAUCCCGAUUUCAAAAGCACUUGCUGCACACGAGGUCUUCUCGCUAACGAUGCUGAAUGGCACGAAAGUAUGGCCGAACUCAACACAUGGGGUACACCUUCUCAGCUAAGAGAAAUGUUUGUCACGUUACUUAUCUACUGUCAUGUUGCUAACCCUAAGGAAUUGUGGGAUAAGUGCAGGAAAUCCCUGAGUGAGGACACCCUCUACAAGAAACGUAAGGAAUUCAAACACCCGCAGUAUACAUUACUUGAACUCGAGAAGGCUUUGCGGAACCAAGAACACACCCUUACUGAUUUCCCAGGAAUGCCUACUCCUGACCUCUCCUACUUAAAGAGCUAG